AGUUAUGCUCCCAGUCUCAGGGAUUCCCCACACUUCUAAAACAUAUUAUCUCACCAUUAUGUAACUUAGCUUUUGUUCUAAUAAUGUAUCCAAGGUUCCUCCAACCCUCCUUCACUCACUCCAGUUCGUUUUUCAUCAUCUUCUAGUUAUUCGUGAAACAAACAAAACCCGGAAACAUUUCUCCUACCAAGAUGGCAGCGAGCAACAAUGUGAUUGUAUGCAUAAACCUCGUGGCCGUGAUCCUUUCAAUCCCAAUCAUCGGUGCCGGAAUCUGGCUAUCAAACGGCCAAGCAGAUUCCUGCGUCCAGUUUCUGCAAUGGCCCGUCAUCAUCCUCGGAGUUCUCGUCUUGGUGGUGGCUCUCGCAGGUUGCAUUGGAGCCUUUUUCAGAAUCACGUGGCUCCUCAUAGUGUACCUCGUUGUCAUGCUCGUGCUGUUGAUACUGCUAGUGUGUUUGGUGGGCUUUGUUUACAUGGUCACGCUUCGAGGUCAUGGCAACAUUGAAGCUGGCCGGGAUUACUUGCAAUAUCAUAUGAACGACUUUUCUGGGUUCCUUCGUCGAAGGGUUAGAAGCUCCUUCAAGUGGGAUCGCAUCAGAAGCUGCAUUAGCCAAACCAACGUGUGUGCUCAGCUCAGCCAGAGUUACAGAAUGGCCGACGACUUCUUCGACGCACAUCUAACGCCCAUGCAGUCAGGGUGCUGCAGGCCACCAACACAAUGUGGGUAUACUUUUGUGAACCCAACCUAUUGGAUUAGAGCGUUCAACCUUGCAGCAGAUAUGGAUUGCCUGCAAUGGAGCAACGAUCAAACACAACUUUGCUACAACUGUGACUCGUGCAAGGGUGGUUUAUUGGCUAAUCUUAGGAAGGAGUGGAAAAGGGCCAAUGUGAUAUUAAUCAUCACAGUCAUUGUUCUAAUUGUGGUGUAUUUGGUAGGGUGCUGUGCUUUUAGGAAUGCCAAAACUGAGGACCUCUUCCGCAAAUACAAACAGGGGUAUACUUGAGAAGGAUCAAUGUGUUUUAGUUGAAGUUAGUGGUAAAGUUUCUUCUUGGCUACUUAGUUUAAAUCAACUAUUUGAGUCCGUGUUUUGAAAGACAUGCUUGUAUGAAUUUGUCUCUUGCACUUAUUUUAGCAGAAAAAAGAUGGUUGGUUUUAUA